AAUUUAACCACUGCAUAGUGUCUAGUUUCUGAUGCAUAACCAAACCGGUUUUGUAAUAAUAGUUUUCUGUAAUGUGAUUCAUUUAUGCUAUAAUAUAAACAAAAAUUUAAACACGUUUCUACAGAAGAUAUGGCGGACGCAUCCGCCGAUAUAUCUCUAUCACCGGACAAUGAACUAAAUGUAGAAUGGACAGACACAUUAUUCACCAACAUAAAAGACGAUUUACCAAAGAUCUGUAAAUAUGAAGGUCAGCUUCCUCAAGGGUUGAAACUAUACUCACAGCAACCGGUGCUGUUGUACAGAUGGUACCAUAAGAGGAAGGGGGAAGUCCGGACUAUAUACCGAGAUACGACUGGACCUUACUAUGAAGUCGGUCAAACGUUACAGAUACCAGAGGAUUUUGAAGGUUGGUUUGAGCUUGUGCCACCAGAUUUUGGACGUGUGAAGUAUUAUGAAUCUAUUGAAGAAGUAUCCAAGACAAUGCCAAUGAAAUUUUUCACUCGGACUAACUUAACAGGCAUAUGUGUAGGUAACUCUGGUGAAAGCGAACAGACAUAUGUUCAACGUAAGAUUCCAGCUGGAACAGUCCUAAAGGUAGAAAGCACUUUCAAGGCAAAAUGGCGGACAUGUGCAGAGACGGGGGUCUUGAAAAAGAAACAAAAAGAGUGGACUUCACGUGAAAUACAAUAUCUCAAAUGCAUAGAUAACAAAGAACAAGAAAUAUUGAUACCUUUCACGGCAAAAGGAAAAUUCCAUCCAGUAUAUCAAAAUGGGAGUUCCGACAGCAAAUGUCUUUUCAGAAUGAAAGAUAUAUUGACCAAUUUAACGUUGCCUGUGAAGGUUAGGAUUAUUUAUGGAAAACCCCCUGUAGUACCUUGUAUUUUUACUGGUAUGUUGGUUAUAAAGAGACGUAUAACUGAAGAUGUGUUUGUUGGUAGUACUAUAACAUUUAAGAGGCAUGCACUUUUUGAACUUCCAGCAUACAAUGACGUGAAAAUUUUCAUGGCUAAAUCCGAAGAACAGUUUGUAGAUAUGAAGACAUAUAAAGAUGCUAAACAGCUUUGUCAGAAAUACUCAGAUUCUUACAGUUCGCUAAUUAAAUUGUCUCCUAAAUUAGACACGGAUCAUCAAAUGAUACAACAUAUUCCAACGGAAAAAACGAAACAAAGACACGAAAGUCUGAAAACUCUUGAUCUUAUAACAAAUAUAAGCCUUACUGACGAUGAACCCAGAUCACAGUUCAUGGAAAGUUCAAGUGACGACACAGUUUCAGAACAGUCUCUUACGUUGGGAACGCUGGUCGAACUUAAAGAAUUUUCAAAUAGGACAUCUAUGAUGUGUUGAAUUUUAUUGAGUUGACCGAAUCUUGCCUUUUCAACUAGCGUACUAUUUCCGGUGAUAAUAAGGAAGUUUAGAAAUAUUUAUUGUUUGAAAUUGUAAAGUCUAGUCAUUUUUUUUUUAUUUGAAGUAAAGCGAAUCUUAUAUAAAUCAUUUCCUUUUUCCAGUAAUCUACUAUGGGACGUAUUCCGUUUAUGAAUUUAUGGGUUACUGUAUACCUCACGUGUAAAUUUACAUGCUACAAAUGUUGCACAGACGUGGCUUGCGGUAUAUCGUAUCGUCACAUAUAAAAACUAUUAAGCAACACAGCUUACUGAAUCACGACAUUGGACAUGGCUUCUAUACAUACUGUCAUGAAGCUUUAUAUAAAUAUAUCUCUUUCAAUUUUGAAAUUAAUGAGUGUUUGUUUGGAGUUAAGAGACUAUAUUUAUUUCAAUAGAGCUGGUAUACUAUAUAUGUAUCAAAAUUCCAUCAACGACUUCAUGCAAUAGCACAUAAUGUGUCAGCUAUAUCUCGACCAAAGGAUUUUUUUUAUAAUUUAAUUGCCUCAGGAAUUAUUAGAAAAAAAAUAUUUGCAGUGAGAUUGUAAAGUUCUCAAUGUACAUGUCAAUAAACUAGCGAUUGUC